AUGCUGAAGCCAGCACGCGAUCCAGAAGGUGCUCGCGGGGUUGGUUCCUCGUCAGUUUCAGUGUCACAGGCUUCAAGUGUUGUAGGGACACAGGCACGGUGGCUUGCCGAAGGCAGCCCUGGUGAGGAGCCUGAUCCUGUCCGUGAAUUGCUCGAUCUUGAAGAGGAGCUCCAGGACCUUCUUGCAUUGAGACACAGGGAGCGGCAAUGCUUUCGGCAAUGCGUGAGGCAGUGGGGUUCCGCUGAAUCCUUCGUUCGCCACUGCACUAGGCAAAGAAGCACAGCGGCGACAGACCCAGAAACGUUGAAACAGAUGUUUGAACAAAAGCGUGAAGAGAAGGAAGCGGCUUGCAACGUCUGGGCGGCAUUGCUAGAUGCCCUAUAUGAGAAAAUUGAGGCCGUGAACCAAAAGCGGAAGAAAACGCAAAAGCAACUCACACAGGGGCAGCUCGAACAGUAUCGUGCCACAAAGGCUGCGCGCGAUAGAGCUGAAGGCGGCAGGGUAAGUUCGCGUUCCUCGUCGGGUGAAGCAGCGGAUCCUGCGAGCACGAGCCAACCACCUGGUGGUGCGGAAGGAACGCCAGAUGACGGUGGGUCCGUGGAGACCUUGGAUAGGGAAUUAGCUCGAGUAAGGCGGCAACUGGCACUGACGGUAGAAAACGAGAGAAGCUGUCUCAAAAAGCUGAGGACGCAUCUGGAGCAUUCUGCACCACUUCCAAUGAAGGGAAUGCCUUCACCUGAACGAGAGCGCUCCAGUGCCGCCCGACGCAAGUGGAUGGCCCGACGCCUCCAACUCGAACAAGACGCCGAACUGGUGCACGAAAACAUCGUUAAACUCCGUGAACGGCUGGGGGGACUUAAACAACGAAAGAAUGCAUUCGUGAAAGUGCGCGGAUUCCCUGCAGGCACUAGAGGCUGUGCAAAUGCCGCUCUCCGUUUCUCCGCCUAUGACAUUACCGUCGAUGAACGUGCGGCGGCUACACCGUGGUUUCAACGCCCUAAUUUCUUGAGCUUGAGCCACCGCUCGAGUGGCGCUCCUCCUGCUCCAGCUGCACGACCGCCUCGUGGACCCCGACAUAAUGUGUUUCCUGCUCGGAGCCAACACGUAUCGCGUGCAAGUCGGAAGCCAGGUAAUAAAAGUUGUCACCCUCGUGCAGCUGAAGGCAGCGGUGAGAAACGUGCCGAAUCCAAAGCAAGCAAGCACGAGUACGUCCGGACUUGCAGGACCAUCAGAGUUCCAAAAUGA